AUGGACGUCAGUGCUGACAUGAAGCAGCUCGAUCGCUGUGCUUCAAAUCGACUCUUCGACAAGAUGCGUGCCCUUUCUGCCAUCAGCUCUUUCGCCACCACCGUCAUGCUCUUUUGUUUCUUCAAGGCCACAUAUGCGUUCGGCACCGCCAACGUCUGGCAGUGGUGCAAGAACUCCGACGUGUACUGUGCUACCGUCAAAGGCUGCGGUCCCGGAACUGCCCCAGGUCAAUGUCCGGGUGUCCAUUGGGACAAGCUAGAACAUGGCCAUAACAUCACGGUGGAUUUCGACGGUAAUCCGUGCACCAGAGAUCCAACUGCUUCUCCGAUCCGGGUAACCCAACUGGAGUGGACCUGGGAGCAGGGUCAAGGCAAGGUCUACUACGAUGUCAGCAAUGUCGCCGGCACUCCGUUCGUCGACGAGGGCUUUAUGCUGCAUUCAGUUGACGCCAAAGAUCCGGGCAAGAUCCUGAACCGCUGCUUCGACGCUUGGUGCGACAAGAACGACGUUUCCUGCAACCAGGUGUAUGAGGUUUGGAACGACGCCGAGCAGGCCAUGAGAGCUUGCUAUGACGGCGCCAUCCUGGGGUUGCAGCUGUGUCUUUGA